AUGGUGAACAACAAUGCUGGUGGAUUUGGUGCUGCUACUGGCGGUGGGCCCGGUCCGGGGCAGAAUCUGAAGGAUAAUUUUGUGCCUCCAUUAUAUGGCUUCGAUGAAGAUAGGGAGGAAGACAGAGAGGCUGAUCAGUUCUCGAUGCACAACGAGCCUUUGGGAUGCGACAAUAGGGAACCUAAAUGUGUGAAUGAUGAUGACCACCCCCCUGAUAAUGGAAUUGAUGGGUUAGAUGAGGAGAAGGUAGAGGGGUUAGAUGACAGUGAAGAUGAAAGAGCUACUGCUUACUUUGAUGGUUUUGAAGGAAUAGAUGUUACUAAGCCUAUUAGGUGGGAGCCCAAUAACAGUAUGGAGGAGCCCAAUAAGAGUAUGGAUUCAGAUGAUGUAUACUAUAGUGAUGAGUUGAAUAGUUCUGACCCAGAUGAUUCUUGUGAUGAAGAAAGGCCCAAGUAUGCUAGGUUUAGGAAAGAGCAUCUAAACAAAGACUUUAUAUUCAAGUGGGGUAUGGAAUUCAACACACUUGAUGACUUUAGGGCAGCUAUCCGUGAGUGGUCAGUGCUUAAUGGGAGGGAAAUUUCUUUUGUGAAAAAUGAGGGAGAUAGGGUAAGGGUGGUGUGUAAGCAUAAAUGUGGGUUUUUAGUCUUAUGCUCUAAGGUGGGCCACAAGGAGACUUUUGCUAUAAAAACACUUGUACAUAAGCACACAUGUGCUAGGGUUUUGAACAACAAGUCUGCUAGCUCAAAGUGGGUGGCCAAGCAUGUGGUAAAGAGGAUGCAAACUUCUGAUACAGUCAGGAUAAGAGACAUCAUCCAAGAUAUGAGGCAAACAUAUUCUGUGGGUAUUACUGUUGCAAAAGCAUGGAGGGCUAAGCUAAUUGCCAAGAAGAUAAUUGAAGGUGAUGCUGACAAUCAGUAUGCUUCCAUAUGGAGGUAUGCAGAAGAACUAAGAAGGGUAAACCAUGGCAACACUGUGAAGAUAAAUGUAGAAAGACCUAGUCCAUCCAUACAACCAAGGUUUGGGUCAUUUUAUUUCUGUUUUGAUGGCUGUAAGAAAGGCUUUAUUCAUGGAUGCAGACCAUUUGUGGGGGUUGAUGGAUGUCACUUAAAGACCAAGUAUGGUGGACAGUUACUUAUUGCUGUAGGCAGGGAUGCUAAUGAUCAAUACUUCCCUUUGGCAUUUGGUGUGGUUGAAAAUGAAACAAAGGAGAGUUAG